AACACAAUCUCACGAUCAAGCUAACUCAUAAAGCUUUUUAACUAUGGGAUUCAACAGAAUCCUCUUCUGGUCACUUGCCUUUUUCACUUUUUCCCUUUCCAUCAUCAUUGUUCGCCAUUACACGCCACCUUCCCUCACCACCAUCGCUUCCAUUAAUCCUCAAAGAAAUUUCAAACAACAUGUUAUCUUAAGUAGGAUUAUAAAGCUCAGUGGGGCUGAAGACUUUGUGUCUCUAAUAACAAGAUUUGCGAGGCUUCACCCCAGAAGGAAGCAGAAGGAAAAAUGUGACAAGGCCACCUGGGAUUCUGAUCUUAUUUUGGACUACAAUGUGAGUCUUGUUUUGACGGUUAGCUUAAAGGAUUGUGGAAAUUUUAGCAGCAUACAAAAGGCAUUGAAUGCUGUUCCCGAAUCGAGUCCUGAUAAAACGCUUAUCAUUAUUGAUUCUGGCAUAUACAGAGAGAAGGUAGUGGUGGAGGCAAGCAAAACAAAUUUGAUAUUGCAAGGUCAAGGAUAUUUGAACACAAUCAUAGAAUGGAAUGAUACUGCCAACUCGACAGGAGGGACCUUUAAUAGUUACACAAUUGGAGUCUUUGCUUCUAAGUUUCUUGCUUACAAGAUUAGUUUUAAAAAUACGGCCCCAGCACCGUCGCCAGGUAUGAUAGGAGCACAAGCAGUUGCAUUAAGAGUGAGCGGUGAUGAAGCAGCAUUCUACGAAUGUGGAAUGUAUGGUGCUCAAGACACCCUCAAUGAUGAUAGUGGAAGACAUUAUUUUAAAGAAUGUUUCAUCCAAGGAUCCAUUGAUUUCAUAUUUGGGAAUGCAAGAUCUUUUUACGAGGAUUGUACCAUAAACUCUAUAUCAGCUGAAGAAGGAGCUAUGAUUUCUGGGUCCAUCACAGCUCAGGCAAGACAGUCGGAGAAUGAAGAAACUGGAUUUUCAUUUGUGAAUUGUAAGAUUAUUGGGAGUGGAAAAGUGUGGCUUGGAAGAGCAUGGGGAGCAUAUGCCACUGUGGUCUUCUCGAAAACAUUUAUGUCUGAAGUUGUUGCUCCUGAAGGAUGGAAUGAUUGGUCUAAUUCUACCAGAGACAUGACUGUCUUUUUUGGAGAAUAUCAUUGUCUUGGAGGUGGAGCCAACUACUCGUCUAGAGUCACAUAUGGAAAGCAACUUAAAGACUAUGAAGCAGGACGCUUCAUGAAUGUUUCAUAUAUUGAUGGAAACGAUUGGCUUCUUGAUCAUCGAACAAACUUAGAUGUUCUUCUAAUGUCAGAAAAAUAGGGGGGAAAAAUCUUCUCUCUUCUUGAAUUAGAGAACAUGGGACAUUGGAGAUUUUUCAAAAGUCAUGGGCCUUUGUUGACCAUGGGCCGAAGCCUGCAUGGCAAUGGAUCAACUUGGCCCAUUUUGUUCUGGAUGAAGGAUCUGCAGUAGGAGUGAAGAGACCCUUCUCCUUCCACCGCUUCAAGAGCCAUUUCUGCAACUGCAACCGCUCUUGGACGAGGAUAUUGUUCUUUAAUUUUAAGAUCGCGCAGGUUAAAACUCAGCCGUUCAGAUCUUUAUUCAUUUAUUUCUUUAUAGUUUGUAGUGUUAUUAUCGGAGUGACUCCGUUAUGAUGAGUGGCCACGAUUUGACAUGCAUUAAUUUAGUUUAUACUAAAUAUAUAUUAAAAUCUAGGUAUAUAAUUUUUUCACUCUGGA